UUUUCUUAUGUCUUAGAAUAUUUAACACAAUUUUGUUCUGAAGCUGUUGUGAUUCACAUAAGAGACGCUGGGACUAUAACGUUUCUCUAUGGAUCAAGCAAUUCUGCUGCUGCUGUUAUUAAAAUACUUAUUUAAGGGUUCAAAGAGUCUAGACUGUGACCAAGUGAAAAAGCCUGCUAGAGCAGUUUUGAUGGAGUGGACUGAACUGUCCAAAGGAGAAGAUCCGGACUAUUAUAUUGUAACAUACCAGCGUGCAGAUGCUUUCGGUCAAAAAAACGUUAGAAACAUUUCUAAAGUGGAACAGAAACCUGUCAGUACUACAAUUCUGCUUGAGGAAAAUGAGAAGUAUGAUAUUACAAUAGAAUCCCUAAAAAACGGCCGAAUCUUAAGUUUAAAAUCAUUUAAGACACGUGGAAUUUCAGCAAAUGACAUCACAACAUUUGUGACAGCUACUACAGUGUCUUUUAAUUGGAGUGCAAUGACUAAAGAAGUUUCAGUUUCAGUUUCAUUGGAUGAGACUUCUCGGGUUGUAAAAAACCCCAGCGGAUUCUUUGUAUGGAAUAAUUUGUCACCUGCCACCUUAUAUACAUUUAAGUUUGUAUUUGAGCAAUUACAUCUGGAAUUUAUAAAUGUGUCUCAAUCACUGGAUGUUCAAGCUGAAACAGGCACCUGUUCCCAAGGGUGGGUGGCAUUCCAGAGCAGCUGCUAUCGCAUGGGUGAGGAGAGCAAGCCGUGGAAAGUGGCACAACAAAUUUGUGAAACAUCUUCACGAGGGGCGCAUCUUCUUGACAUAGGGAGUGAAGAAGAACAUGAUUUUAUUUUGUCUUAUCUCCAGACAAUUAGUCACAUAAUCAUGCUGUGGACGGGCCUUAAUGACCUAAAGGAAGAAGGUCAGCUCUUGUGGACAGAUGGAUCUCCUUAUUGUCUAAAAGCUGGUAUCUCAACUUUGUCAAUGAUACCAGAAAAUGAAACUGACUGCUAUGCCCUUCAGAGAGAUCCCACCGGUCCCGACUAUUUCUUCACAGGAUUUUUCUGCUAUAUACAGCUACCAUAUAUUUGUGAAUAUGAAUUACCUCUGCUACCAGAAAACUUCACGUUUAGUGUGCUUGAUGUCAAGACAACUGAAGCUGUAUUUAUGUGGAGUGAUAUGGACAUACGGCUUAAGUCAGGCUUUGCACUUAUAAUUAAGUAUUAUUUUGAUCAGUGGAAGCCAUACAUUCUGAGCUUGCCUGUGAAUACAACUCAAACAAAAAUUGAACUGUUGUCUCCUGGCCUUUGCUAUAGUUUUUUAUUAGCAGCAAGGAACCCAGAAGGGGCACAGACUACCUUAAGUCCAAUUCUGAAGGUAGAAACAAGACCAUUGCACUCCCAGAAGUUAGAGGCUACGUAUGUUUCAUCUGCAGAAAUACAUUUAAAGUGGAAGCCUCCACAGCAUUCAUCCAGUGCUUCUUUUCAUUACUAUGUUGUCAACGUUUUGGAUACUGAGACCAACAUUUGGGAACAGUUACCGGUUGAAAAAAGCAAGACUUCAAUAGUAAUAGGAAAUCUAAAACCUUAUCAUCAGUAUCAGGUGUAUUUACAGAAUGUAGCAGAAAAAGGAACUCUAAGCUGCCAUGAAAAGCCUGUAUUAAUCACAACAGCUGUCAGUCCACCUACAGCUGUUUAUAUUCGCCCAGAGGAUGUACAAGAAGAGAGUGUAAUCCUUCACUGGAAGCUGCCACACAAGGGUCAGGAAUCCUACAUUCAAGUGAAACCUAAUGCAGACAUAGAUGAAACUAAGACAUUUUUACUGAACAAUACAGAAGAAUUGAAGCUUGAUCUCCUAAUUCCUGGAAUGACUUAUGAAAUAGCAGUGGCAAGUGUGAAUAAUGGAAAUAUGAGUGAACUGAAGACUGUUCAAUGUACUUUAAAGCCCAAGCCUGUUCAGAUUGUAGUUCCUUAUGUGCUUUAUAGCAAUGCUGUGGUAUUAUUUGUUCGCAUGCCUGAUAUUGGAGUAUUUGAUGGCAUAUAUGUUACAAGUAAAGGCGGACCUAAUGUGACAUUCAUUUUAAAAAGUGAUGGUAAAAUAAUGAUUGAAAACCUUACUGCAGGAACAGAAUAUGAUUUCUGCAUCUCCACAAAAAGCGGAAAAAUGUUGAGCUCCUUUUACCAUCUAUCUGGUGUAAAAACAUGUCUGGCAGCUCCACUCAAUGUACGAGAAGGUAACGUUACAGACACUUCAAUACAGGUUGCCUGGGACCGUGCUGAUGGAGAUUUUCAUCAAUACGAAGUCACAUGUAUAAAUUGUGCAAGUGCUUUCAGGGUCCAGAAGGUCAAGCAAGAAACAGCAACAUUUUCCAACCUUACUCCUGGUAAGCUGUACAGCUUUACAAUUCGAACAGAAAAGGAAGGUUUUAGAGACAGUAUUAUUGUGAAAAAGGAAAUAGAGACAGUACCAAGUGCGGUUAAAUAUCUGAACUAUAGCAGAGACUCUGAAUCAAUAACAGUUACCUGGCCACCAGACCAAAAUAUGUUUGAUGGAUAUGUUAUUUCAAUAAACAGUAAUGUCUUCAGUGAGGAGAAGAUGUUACCUUCUGGUGUAAGAAUGUACAAAUUUGAGAGUCUUCUGCCAGGCACCGAUUUCUUAAUCAGUAUUGUGACAACCAAUGGGUUAAAGAGAAGUCACCCCACCAUCCUCAAGAUUAGCACCUAUCCUGAUCCGCCAUCAGAUUUAGAGGUGUUUGGGCAAGAAGAAAAUACCGUCUAUUUUUCUUGGAAAAUACCAAGAGGAGGUUUUGAUAUGUUUCAGCUUUCAUAUUGUCUGAUGAAUAAUGAAAAGCUGCUUACCAGAACUUUUUAUGAUAGCAGAGCCGUAGUGAAAAAUCUGGUCCCUGGGACAGAAUACUUUUUUCAGUUACGGACAGUUAAAGGCUUGGAUUCCUCAGUGGCUGUGGAGAAAAAAGUCAUCACAAAACCAGCUGGGAUAUGCGGUCUGGCAUUAAAAAUGGUAAAUACUUCCUCUGUAACUUUAACGUGGAAUCCAACCAAGACUAACUUCACUUCGUAUAAAGCAUCUUUAUCAAACAGCACCUUCGUAAACAAGUUCAGGAUUCCAGGAGCACUGACUGACUUCAGUGUUACAGGCCUGACUGCCGGGGGCAUUUAUAAUUUCACUCUGCAAAGACUAAGAGGAAAUAUUGAAGGAACUUCUGCUUUCAUUGAAAUUGUAACAGAACCUGCAAAGCCAGAAGGACUUAAAUUCUUCAAUGUUUCAUCAUAUUCUUUUUCACUGUAUUGGAGACUACCGUAUGGACACGUAGACAGAUUUCACGUGGAUCUUAUUCCUGAUCAUGGUUCCGUUGUUAUCCUAGAUCUUGGAGUUAGGGAGUAUCAAGCUGAUUUUUCUAAUACUGUUCCUGGAACAACAUACAGCGUUACAGUUUCUGCAGUUUCAUCUUCACUCUACAGUUCACCUGCAAGUAGAACAGUGACAACAAAUGUGACAAAUCCUGGCCCUCCUCUGUUCCUUGCAGGUGAAAGAGUGGGCUCUGCUGGGAUUCUGCUGUCAUGGAAUACACCACUGCAUCCAAAUGGGAGAAUUCUCUCCUAUAUUGUUAAAUAUAAAGAGGUCUGCCCAUGGAUGCAAACGGCUUAUACACAGGUCACAACAAAACCAGAUAGUUUGGAAGUUCUUCUUACCAACCUUAACCCUGGAACAACUUAUGAAAUUACGGUUGCUGCUGAGAACAGUGCUGGUGUUGGAGUAUUUAGCAAUCCUUUUCUUUUUCAGACUGCAGAAAGUGCUCCAGGUAAAGUAGUGAAUCUCACAGUUGAAGCCUUAAAUUAUUCAGCUGUAAAUCUGAUCUGGUUUCUCCCUCGGCAACCAAAUGGAAAAAUAACUAGUUUCAAGAUCAGUGUGAAACAUGCAAGAAGUGGAAUUGUAGUGAAAGAUGUCUUGGUUAAAGUAGAGGACCUUCUGUCUGGGAGGUUACCAGAAUGUAAUGAUAACAGUGAAUCAUUUUUGUGGAGUACUACCACUCCUUCAACUACUUUUGGCAAAUCCACAAUUCCUUCGCGGACUACGGUUACACCAAGUACAGAGGAACCGAGUCAAAUGAGCUCUGUUUGGAAUGAACCAAUUAGUUUUGUUAUAACUAACCUCAGGCCAUAUACCACCUAUCUAUUUGAAGUCUCUGCAGUUACCACUGAAGCAGGUUACAUUGACAGUGCAAUUGUCCGGACACCAGAAUCAGUUCCAGAAGAUCCACCACAAAAUUUUGUCAAGAGCAACAUCACAGCAAAGUCUUUCUCAGUGAUGUGGGACCCACCAACCAUAGUAACAGGAAAGUUUAGUUACAGAGUUGAGCUGUAUGGACCAUCUGGUCGUAUUCUGGAUAACAGCACAAAAGAUCUUAAGUUUGUGUUUAGUAACCUUGUGCCGUUCACAACAUACAACGUGUAUGUUGGUGCUGAGACAAGUGCUGGGGUGGGGCCAAAGACUAACCUUACAGUUUUCACUCCUGCAGAUGUCCCAGGUGCUGUAUCAGAUUUACAUCUAACAGAAGUGGAAGCCACAUAUAUAAAAAUUGUUUGGAGGAAGCCACGACAACCAAAUGGAAUCGUUACCCAGUAUAGAGUUAAAGUACAUGUGCAGGAAACAGAGGUGACUCUGGAAAACACUAUUCUCAGAGGAAAAAAUAAGUAUUUGAUCAAUUCUUUGGAACCAUACAUGAUAAAUGAAAAUAUCAAACCUUCUCCCACUUGGAAUUCAAUGGAAACAGACAAUGAUUUAUAUGAAGGUUCAGCUGAAAUGUUUCCCAGCAUUCAGACAGCUUCCCCAGUAAUAUUUACAAGUGUGUCUGGUGAUAAUUUGCCUGCUAUAAAUGGAGCUGCAGAAUUACAUUCUGCUCUGGAUAAUCAGUAUACCAUUAACAUUUUGGCUGAAGAGCUGUCAUAUGUUAUAAAGGGCCUCAUACCUUUCACAGACUACACAAUCAGUGUGUCCGCUUUCACUGCCGUUGGAGAAGGACCACCAUCAGUUCUUAUGGUCAGAACACGUGAACAAGUUCCAAGCUCAGUACAAAACAUAUCUUACAAGAAUAUUAGCUCCUCCUCUGUUUUGCUCUAUUGGGAUCCUCCAGCAAAUCCCAAUGGGAAGAUUAUUCAUUAUACUGUUUAUGCAAUGGAACUGGAUACAAAAAGAGCAUUCCACACAACAACUUUGAACAACAGCUUACUUAUGACAGGUUUAAAAAAGUACACCAAUUAUAAAAUGAGGGUCGCUGCCUCUACCACAAUUGGAGAAAGUGCAUUGUCUGAAGAGAAUGAUGUUUUCGUGAGAACCCUUGAAGAUGAACCAGACUCCCCACCCCAAAAUGUAGAGUUAAUAAAUGUAACUGCAACGGAAAUAAAUCUGAGAUGGUUACCACCUGAGCAGCCUAAUGGUCUCAUAACUCACUAUGAAGUUCUGUACAGUGAUUCCAGUUAUUUAUUUAUUAAAAAUGCCUCAUCGACAAGUAUAUCACUAAGUGAAAUGAAGCCAUAUACUCUCUACAACAUCUCUGUAAAGGCAUUCACCAGAGCUGGCCAUGGGAAUCAGUCAUCUUUCCCACUUCUGGUGAGAACUUCUGAAACGGUUCCUGAUUCCGCACCAGAAAACAUAACCUAUAAGAACAUCUCAUCCAUGGAAAUUGAAUUAUCAUUUUUUCCACCAUCCAUUCCCAAUGGAAUCAUACAGACCUACACAAUAUAUCUCAAGAGAACUAAUGGAACCGAACAGAGAGUCAUAAACACCACACUUCUGACACUACGUAUUACAGAUUUAAAGAAAUAUACAGAAUAUACUGUAGAAGUGUCUGCUAGUACCACAAUGGGGGAGGGCCUUCGUAGUGCACCUCUGCAUAUACUGACUGAUGAAGAUGCUCCAAGUUCUCCUCCAGAAUCCCUCUCCGUAAAACAGUUGUCGGGUGUCACUGUGAAGUUGUCAUGGAAACCUCCGCUGGAGCCAAAUGGAAUUAUCCUCUAUUACACAGUUUACGUCUGGAAUAAAAUGUCAAAAAGAAGUGUUAAUGUAACAGAAACAUCACUGCAGUUCACAGACCUGGAAAACAACUAUGAGUAUAGCGCUUACCUAACAGCGAGUACCAGAUUUGGAGAUGGCAACGUAAAAAGUGAUACUAUAACAUUCAGAACUUCUGAAGGAGCACCAAGUGAUCCACCGAAAGAUGUUGUGUACAGAAACCUUACUUCCACAUCAGUCAUGCUAGUCUGGUCACCUCCUCAAAAGCCUAAUGGAAAUAUACUGUAUUACUCAGUUUAUUUCAAAAAUAAUUCAGGAAUAUUCAUACAGAAUUUCACAAGUUAUGGUAAUGACAGCGAUGUCAGUAUGUCCCAGUCUGCAGUUCUGGAUGACUUGGCAAAAUACAGCCAUUAUACUGUAUGGUUAACUGCAAGCACAGCUUUUGGAGAUGGAAACAAAACCAGUGAAAUAAUAGACGUGUAUACAGAUCAGGAUAUCCCAGAUGGUUCUGUUGAAAAUCUGGUCUAUCAAAACAUUUCCUCAUCUUCUGUAAAUGUAAGCUGGCUUCCACCAUCCCAGCCAAAUGGCUUAGUCUUCUUUCAUGUUUCUCUAAGUUUAUUGCAACUGGGAACAAAUAAGAUAAUGUCUUUCCUGACUCACAACACAAGCAUCGUUUUUGACAAUCUGGAGAAAUAUACCGAUUACAUUCUGGAAGUCACACCAGCCACUGAUAAAGGAUCUUCUGAACUGCAUGCUCUAACUCUGCACAUAAAAACUGAUGAAGAUGUCCCGGAAUCGGCACCUAUAAUCAAAACAUUUUCAAAUCUCUCAACUACCUCAGUUAUGCUUUCAUGGGACCCUCCCAUUAAGCCAAGUGGUGUAAUAAUAAGUUAUGAUUUAAAUUUAUGUGGUCCAGAAAGGAAUAACUCAUUCUCUACCACCAAUGAUUUUAUCAUCUUGGAAGACCUUCUGCCAUUCACAUUAUACACUAUUUAUGCAGCUGCAAGAACCAUAAAAGGACCUGGUCCGUCUGCUGUGCUUCAGUUCUACACAGAUGAGUCAGUGCCAUUAGCUCCACCCCAGAACUUGACCAUUACCAACUACACUGCAGACUCUGUGGGGCUAAAAUGGGAUCCAAGUCCCCAGCCAAAUGGUGUUAUUAUGAGAUAUAAUUUUAAGAUUUAUCAAAACAACACCAAAAAAAUAUUUUAUCAGAACAUUUCAGGUUCAAACCAUGAGGCAAACCUUGUUGGAUUAGAAGCAUUCAGCCCCUAUUUUAUCAGCGUCUCUGCAUUUACCAAACUUGGGAAUGGCAAUCAGUUCAGUAAUGCUGUCCAGUUUACAACGAUGGAAUCAGUACCAGAUGCUGUCCAGAAUGUUCGUUGUAUUGCAACGAGUUGGCAAUCGAUCCUAGUGCAGUGGGACCCUCCUGCUUCAUCCAACGGUGUAAUUACUCAUUACAUCAUAACAGUUGAAGGAAAUUCUACAAAAUUUUUAUCUUACGAUACACUGCAUACCUUUGGAAAUCUGCUUUCCAAUAUUACUUAUCAAUUUAAAAUAAAAGCUGCAACAUCUGCUGGUGAUGGUGAAGAACGGAUAUGCAAUGCCAGUACACUUCCAGAAAAAGUUCCUAGUGCUCCCAGGGAUAUUGUUUUUUCCAAUGUGCAAUCAACAAGUGUGACCUUGAAUUGGAGAUCACCGAAAUCUGUCCUUGGCUACUUUCAAAACUACAAGAUUACCACACAGCUACAGUCCAUCCACUGCAGUGACUGGGAAACUAAGGAAUGUAUUGAAUAUGAGAUGCAUCAAUAUUUAUAUGAAAACGUGGUGGAUGACCAGAUAGAAGAGACAGUGUAUGGACUGAAAAAAUACAGAUGGUACAGAUUUGCAGUUGCUGCCAGUACGAAUGUUGGUUAUGGCAGUUCUUCACCUUGGAUUUCUACGCAAACACUUCCUGGCUCUCCAGACGGUCCUCCAGAAAACGUGACUGUUUUAGCUACAUCUCCUCACAGUAUUAAUAUCAGCUGGAGUGAACCUGUUAUCAUUACUGGACCAACAUGCUACCUCGUAGACAUUACCUCAGUAGAUAAUGACAAUUAUAAAGCUCAGUUUCUGAAGACAAAUGAUGAGGGUAAAGUCUUAGAAAUUUCUGAUUUAAAAGCAUUUACAAGGUAUUCUAUAGUAAUCAUCGCCUUUACGGGGGAUGUUAAUGCUGCACUCAUUGAAGGCAAGGCUAGUUCUCCGGUAAUUGUCUCCACUUUUGAAGCAGUGCCUGAAGACCCACCCAACAACAUAACAUUUCAGAAGAUACCGGACGAAGUAACAAAGUUCCAAGUAACAUUUGUGCCACCAUCUGAACCAAAUGGAAAUAUUCAGGUGUAUCAAGCUAUGGUUUACAAUGAAGAUGACCCCGCUGCUGUCCAGAUCCACAACCUUAGUGUCAUUGAUAAAACAGAUCAGUCAGUCACUGCCAUGAUAGAAGGACUAAAAGGAGGUCAUACCUAUAAUGUCAGCGUGUAUGCAAUUAAUGGUGCUGGUGCAGGGCCAAAAAUUCAAUUGAAAAUAACCAUGGAUAUCAAAGAACCACCACGGCCUAAAAAGAAACCAGCACCAGUUUAUGAUGCAAAUGGGGUGUUACUCGUCACAGCUACAACAAUUACGAUCAGAAUGCCGAUAUGUUACUACAGUGAUGAUCAUGGCCCUAUCAAAAAGAUACAAGUUCUUGUUGUGGAAGCCGGAGCUCAGCAUGAUGGGAAUGUUACUAAGUGGUAUGAUGCCUACUUCAACAGACCGAGGCCAUAUUUUACAAAUGAAGGCUUUCCAAACCCACCGUGUAUAGAAGGAAAAGAAGAUCUGAGUGGCAAAGAAGAGAUAUAUGUCAUAGGUGCUGAUACUACAUGUAUGAUACCAGGCAGUCAAGACAAAAUAUGUAAUGGCCCACUGAAACCAAGAAAGCAGUACCUAUUUAAGUUCAGAGCAACUAAUGUUAAAGGACAAUUUACAGAUUCUGAGUAUUCUGACCCUGUCAAAACAUUAGGUGAAGGACUGUCAGGACGAUCUGUAGAAGUUAUCCUUGCUGUUACUUUGUGUAUACUUUCAGUUGUUCUUUUGGUGGCUGCAGUGUAUGUUUUUGCAAGGAUACGGCAAAAGCAAAAAGAGGGAGGCACAUACUCCCCACGAGAUGCUGAAAUUAUUGACACUAAGUUCAAACUGGACCAGUUGAUCACAGUGGCAGACCUGGAGUUGAAGGAUGAGAGAUUUACACGAUACUCUUCAUUUUUCUUUAGACGCAAGGAGAUAUUUGUCAUCCAGUUACUUAGUUAUAGAAAAUCCAUCAAGCCAAUAAGCAAGAAAUCCUUCCUACAACAUGUUGAAGAGCUUUGCACAAACAACAACCUAAAGUUUCAGGAAGAAUUUUCGGAGCUUCCGAAGUUUCUUGAAGACCUUGCUUCAACUGAUGCUGAUCUGCCUUGGAACAAGUCUAAGAAUCGUUUCCCCAACAUAAAGCCAUAUAAUAACAACAGAGUAAAGCUGAUGCCCGAUGCUGGUAUACCUGGAUCUGACUACAUUAAUGCCAGCUACGUGUCUGGUUAUUUAUGUCCAAAUGAGUUUAUUGCAACUCAGGGACCAUUACCAGGAACAGUGGGUGAUUUCUGGAGAAUGGUGUGGGAGACGAGAGCAAAAACACUUGUGAUGCUUACACAAUGUUUUGAAAAAGGACGGAUAAGAUGUCAUCAGUACUGGCCAGAAGAUAAUAAACCAGUUACUGUGUUUGGGGAUAUAGUGAUUACUAAAUUGAUGGAAGAUAUUCAGAUGGACUGGACCAUCAGAGAUCUAAAAAUUGAAAGGCAUGGAGACUGCAUGAUGGUGCGGCAGUGUAACUUUACUUCUUGGCCAGAACAUGGAGUCCCUGAAACUACUGCACCAAUUAUCCAUUUUGUAAAACUUAUCCGUGCAAGUCGAGCACAUGAUAAUACACCGAUGGUAGUUCACUGCAGUGCUGGUGUUGGAAGAACAGGUGUUUAUAUUGCACUUGACCAUUUAACCCAACAUUUAAAUGACCAUGAUUUUGUGGAUAUCUAUGGACUUGUAGCUGAGUUAAGAAGUGAAAGAAUGUGUAUGGUACAGAAUCUGGCACAAUACAUCUUUUUGCAUCAAUGUGUAUUGGAUCUGUUGACAAGCAAGGGAAGUAGUCAGCCCAUAUGUUUUGUCAAUUAUUCAGCACUGCAAAAGAUGGACUCUCUGGAUGCCAUGGAAGGUGAUGUGGAGCUUGAAUGGGAAGAAACUACCAUGUAAAUACUGAGACUAAAUAUUAAAGAUAUUGAGGUUCUGAAAGUUAAAGUCAUAUUUUUCUAAGCACAGGGGCCAAAGUGAACUCCCCUAUUUUGAUGAUUAAAACAAACACGGAUGACUGAAACAGCUUUUCUUCUAUUAAUGUGCCUUCAUAAAUAUGUUAAAGUAUUUUAUUCAGAUCACUGAGCAAUAAUGAUUUGGAGUACUUUUGCACAGACUCCACUUCUGGUGUUAUGUGAAUACUGCAUUCAGUAUGGAUUUAAACAGAAAGUGUGUUUGAGCAUAUUCCCUAUUUCCGGUUAUCUUUGUAAAAGAAGAAAAAUGAGCCAAAUACGAUGUAAAAAUUUCAUAUUCCCAGUGAACUUAUUUUGGUGUGGAUUUGCUGUGUUCUUUGUGUUGUGGUUUUAAGUAAAAGCUACAUUUCCUUGAAUUGUUCUUGCUAGAUUGGUUUCAGUGUUGUCAGCUCUUGCAGACUAAUUCCAAUACCAUCACAGUGAUCUUUACCUAAAUGUAUGUUCUUGUGUUUUGAAUCUUUUUUUACGAGAGGUAGCAUAUCAGCUCAUGAUCCUGAACAGCUGAAGAGUCACCUUCUGACAUGGGGAGGAUUAUUCAGCUUUUACACAACACACAGUAGCUCUUCAGGGACACUUGGGGCUAUUUAAGCUAUCUUAUAAUCACAGGGUUGUUUUUUUUUAAAUAUACAAUGGUGAUUGCAUAUGUUCAGUGCUGAAGAAUUUUACAUUCCUGCUACUUUUUAAAGCAGACAAAACAAAGUAAAACUAUACAUUUAGUAUAUAUUAUAAUGUAUGUUAGAUUGACCUGAGUAAUAGAAUGUUUAUAAUUCACUCACAUUUCUUGAAUAUAACACUGUUCAGUAUUUUGAAAGGUUGCUCAAAAUUCAGCAACGAUGUAUUUUAUAACACAGAGUUGUCCAGUAAAAAAGUUGUUGCUCCUUUCUCAGGUUUGGCGAAUCACUGUAGCCACUGAAAAGUAUGGGAACUAAUAUUUGGAGAUUUAGUCAAAGAGAACAUCUUCCACUCCCACUGAUUAUCAUUAUCAGAAAUAAAUCUGAAACUGGAAUGAGAGAAGCAGGAAGCUCUUACCUGAGAAACAAAGCAAAAACUGGUACAGUGGGAAGACCAGAGGGAGAAUUAAACUGUGUGCCCAUGUUUUACAUGGAAGUGACAGUAUUCAAUUGAUAUUACUGGGGGAAAGGGUUGAUUGCUAAGUUUUUCUCUGUGUCAAGAAAUGUAUCAUUCUAAAUAAUACUGAAGCUGUGACCUUAAUCUGAGAUGCAAAACACGAUAGCAAAGAGGCUUUGGAGUUGCCAUUUUAUAUGCUGUUCAGACGAGAAAUCCAUAGCCUGGUUGAGGCGUCAAGCUCAGGCGUGUCAGACGAACCUCUUUAGAACCUUGAAAGAUGUGUGUGUGCGUGCACACUCUGAGCAGAAUAGUAAGUGACCAAAACUUUACCUCUCUUAACUGUAGGUACCAGACAGAAAAUACUAUGCAGUAUGUAACCUGAUAUUUUUUCGUAAGUGAAUGACAGUAGGUGUUUGAUGUCUUUUUAGAAACUGGCAAGGAUGGGGCAGUGAGGACCCUUUGUAAUUUAGCAGAAAGUGCCAAAUAUCUAAAAUGAAAAUCAAAGAACAGCAUUUAAGGAGAUGGAAAACAGUCUACAUAGAUAUUUUGGGCAAUCUGUCUUCCAGGAAGACUGACGGUAUUGUAAACAUCACCUGUCAAGCUAAAAGGAAAACAAUGCCUUUUAAAGCUGGAUAGAGGGGGAGAGAGGUGAUGUCCACAGCUGUUCAAGUCUCUGGCAAAGCAUUCGGUACAGCUCUAGUUUCAUUUGGUUCCUAUGAAACAUGUGUUCUUCAUUUAUUAUACAUGUACUUUAAAGUAUUCUGACAAAUUGCUUAUAUGGACUUACAGAUGUUUUUCAUGAUUUGUGUUUGUACUUGGUAGCAGUACAUGCAGGACUGUGAUAAAUUGACAUUAUAGAGUCAUAAUCUUGUAUAAUCUUAUAUCCAUAAUGGUGGAAUUUCUGUAUGUGUGUCGUUCCUCUUUCGACUGGAGGAAAAAGCUAAGAAGCCUUAUGCAACUUAGAGAUCAACUCCAGAAGUUCCAAAUGUGCUUAAGUGUUUUCUGUUUUGUAAAAUACUUAACGAUGAAGAUUUCCGCAUCCUCCUUUAGGGGACCUGCCUGUGGUCAAACACUAUGUUCAGUAGCAUGCUUGCCUGAUGACUUAGUAAGCUGCUAGAAAAUGUGACACUCUUUUCUGUAGAGGCAAAGUGAAAAACUGAAAAGUAAUUCAAGUAGUUUAUUGUACAGUUUGAUGUAAGAAAUCUGAUACAUGCUGCAUUGACACAUUUCGCAUUGUCUUUAGGGUAAAAGCCAAUAUUCAAUAUAAACUGGCCACAACUCCUAAGAUACACAGUCAGAGAUAGAAAUAUCUCCAAGCAAUUCUCUCCAAGAACUAGUUUUCAAUAUAAAUACAGCAGUAGUUCACUGAUCUUCUGAUGUGCCAGCCAGUUAUUUCGAGGUGUAGGGGAGCACCUACAUAGCAGGAGAUCUCCCAGACCUCUGGUCAGUCGUGAAGGAAAAAUUUCCACAUGGACUCUUCCCUUUCAGCCCUCCUUCCCUUAUGCAAUGACACCUGUGGUGGUGCUAUGGACAGAACUGGAGAGCUGGAGGCAAGCAGAAUUUGUCCAAUUGCUAUUUUAAAAAUAUAUGUAUAUAAAGCAGCACAUCAUUAUGAUUUUUAAUUUGCCACUCAAUUUUCUACAGAUUCUUGGCACUAAUAUAGCAAGAGUAUACUCUAUGAAAAUUAGAAACUGAAUGAAUAAAAACUGGAGAAGAACACACAAAUCUGUAGGAUGAUUACAACUGUAUUGAAAUUAGGUCAUACUGUAUGAAAGUAUUCAGGCAAGUUCUAUACAGGCCGAUCUAUCUCCAUACAUAGAAGAAACGGUCUUUAAAUAUCUAUCUUUAGAGCCAGUUCUGUUGGAUACCAUUAGAAAAGGCUACUGUCAGUGCCCUCAGAAACUGAUCUGUUCUAUUUACGAAAGUAAUAGAAAGAGCAGAACAAUUGAUGUUGAGUUUGAAGUGCUUUUUUAUAAUGUUAAAGGAGUUGAUAAAAAUAAUUGUGCAUUGGAGCUUGCGCUUUUACUGUAUACAUGGAGUAUUCAGUAACAUGAUUGCAUAAUAUUAUGUGAAACAUUAAUAAUGUGUAUUAAUCGGUGUGAUGCCAUCUGUGCGCUGCUGCAAUACAAAGUCUGCUCGUAUGCAGUUACUACGACAAAGCAGCAGAGAGCGAUGAAUCAAUCGUAUUUCAUACUAAGGUAACAUGACAGGGUGCCUUCCUGGCUGUGCACAGAAACUCCAAGACUCCUAGAUGUGGACAUGGAUUUGCAGAGGUUCAGGCCACAGUGUCCCGUGAAGUCUGUGGGCAGAAGAGGUGGGUUUUUUUUAAUAUUUUGACAGCAAGUUAAAAUAAAACUUGAAAAGUACCAAUUUCAGAGUAUGUACUACAUGUAUAUUAAGCAUCACACAACAUCACUGUCUAUCCCUGGAAAUAAAGAAACAAUAAAAAUAGACGGAUCCAAAUUAAGUUUUGUUUUAAGAACUCUGAAAAGUAUCCAAUUACCUCUCUGUUUGAGGGGAUAUACAAUGAAUUCAGAUUGGUUUAUAAUUAAGCAAAUGCCCAUUCAGUGGUACAAAGCCUGCAACGCACUGAGUGCAGUAGGCUGUAACUGGAAACCAUUGACAUGUAGUGUUGGAUGUAUCUUGGUCAUUUUUUAUUCUAGGGAACGGAGGCAGAGACAAUGUACUGAAAAGUGAUCCACUAUUUCACCACUUUUCCAUGACUGUGGUGUCACCACGCUACAUACAGUGCUGAAAGGGCAAGUUCCUCCCAAUAUUGUUGUUCAUGUUUUG